UUCGGGAAGCAAGCCCUAAAGCAGACGACGGUAACGAUGAUAUGGGAGCCGGUGCUGGAUGGCUACGGAAGCCUCCCACCGGAAUGGGUGAAGAAAGGUGGGGUUUUAGUAGGUAUUAGGAGGGUAGAGGACGGAGGAGAGUUGGACUACCAACAAUGACCCUCUGAAUGAUUCAGGUCCUCCUCGAGCCCUGCACAACGUGCGUAAAUGCAUUUCCCCACGGUAAUCCGAAGUAAGGCCGGGGUAUCCGUAAGUACCCUGACCGAGCUACUAGCAGCGCGCCGGUACGUCCUCACACCAUGCCCUCUUGGGACCAAGUACCGAGGACUUUGGCUACACGCGCCCUACGAAGAACAAAAGAAAUGGCCUUCUGUCAUGUGGAGGUCGAUGUAGUGUCUACAAUACAGCCGCAGGCUUGCGGGGACGUAGUGGACGACAAUCCUUGUGGCAGGGAUAUAUUAGCGCUGGAGUGGGACUAAGAUCGCACAAGUUGGAGCUCGUUUGCGUCUGCCUGGCGGUGCCUGCGAGCGUCGCAACGAGCGAUCCGCUCGUCGGCAACGCAGGCGACGCUAAACAUCGC